CUGAUCUAAAGCCAGUCCACCGUCAGCUGUUUGUUGGGGCGGACAACAGUGCCUGCUACAAUGAAGCCCGGGGAGCUUUGUUCUUUCGUGAUUAUAUUCGUCCUUUUAGCCUUUGUGCACUACUGUGAGGCGCAGUACGAGGAUGUGCGCUGCAAGUGCAUCUGCCCAAGCACCGCAGUGGUCAAGGGCUCCCAGACAAACCGCAAGCUCUACAUCAUGAAUGUACCUCCACAACGAUGCAACUGCGAAGGGGUGAUCCUGCCCCAGGCAAAUGACAUCAAGGGCCGGGAGAGUGAGUUCUGUCCGCGCUGCAAGUGCCGCUACGAGCGCCGCAACACCACCACCAUCCGGGUGCUGGUCAUCCUCAUAAUCUGGGUCAUCUCCCUGCUCUCGGUCUACAUGCUGUUCCUCAUGUGCCUUGACCCGCUGCUCAACCGGCGCAAGGCUGCUGCUUCCGCCUACCAGGAGCACGUUGACGAGGAGCUCAACCUGGAGGAGCCCCUUCCGGUACACCAGCAGCGCACCCGUCGCUCGAGCAGCAGUGUGCUCAACAAGGUGGGCCAGCAGCAGGACAAGUGGAAGCGGCAGGUCCAGGAGCAGCGCAGGAACAUCUACGACAAGCACACUAUGCUCAACUGAGCACCUCUUCCUGGCGACUCGACGAGGUUUCUCUUUCUCGAGAAUGGCCCCCAGCUGGACGGUGCCUAAAUUGUAUACUGAGCCUGAGCUGCUUUUCCUGUCAACUUUUGGGUGUCUCUUUCAAGUUCAGAGUACGAUGGAAGCUUGUCAGACCGGAUAGCUGAUAUGCAAUAAGCAGCAAAGGAAAACACCGACCAGAAAAGCUGGUAUACUAUAAGCAUUUCGCAAAGACACAAUGUUUAAAGGGACACUAAAGAGUAAGACCAAUUCAUUUUAGACAAACAAAGUAUACAGUGAAACCUCGUUAAACCGUAGUCGGCCGGAGCUCGGAAAAAGUACGUACUAAACGGUAGUACUGUUUAACCGAAAUAGCAUGAGAUCGCCCACUUACCUAUCGAAAACAGAACUCAGAGAGAGUGCGAUGAAAGGGGAAAAAACAUGCAGUAUUUAUUCACUUCGCGCGACAUAAGUGUUAUUUUCGUUUGAUGCCGCGGCGGCCUAAAACGACGACAGCAGCCUCAAACUUACUGAAGCUGCAUGCAAAGUUCUCAGCCAGCCCCCUCCUCUCGGCAAACACUCGCACGGCAGAUUCCUCGUUGGCGUUACGUAUUCUCCGUGCAUGCGCGAGUAGUGCUGCAUAAGUCCCGGGGCGCCGUUUUCAUUGCCGGGUACCGGAGUGCGGAAAACUUUUGGUUUGGAAUAGUUACGUUAUCGUGCCCCUGUUCUCGUUGCGAUGAAUGCAUUCAUGAGGCUGACGUAGCGCGCAGCUUAUGCCACUGUCGGGCCUGAAUCGCCCGUGCUAUCACUUUCCGUGUCGUCCUCAUCACUGUCGCUAGUCGACACUUUGGCAACAACAGAGGCAACGAUGGCGAAAUGUCGAACCUCGUAGUUGACAUCUCUUCACGGUUGCAGCAGUGCUGCCGAGCAACUUCGCAUUCCUAAUGCCACACACUGUAGUCAACAGCAGAUCCAUGUCGCGGGCCAGCGCCGACUUCUUCGUGUCACGUUCGAUAGCACGGAUGAUUAAUUUUUCUUCUAUGCUGAGCACCCGGCGUCUUUUUUAUCCGAGCUUCGGCAUGACGCGAGUCCUCGCUUGCACGACGCCACAACGCUCUAUGGCACGGCGUCGAAAUGAUGUUGAUGUGGCUUCACGUGCAAACGCACAGGGCACUUGGAGGCCGUUGUACCGAUCUCUGAGGCUCGUUGUUCUGCUGGGCCGGCCGAAGGAGACGAUGCACCGCCGUGUUUGCGCGACGAAAAGUGGAAACGCUACGUUUUAACUGAUGCGUUCGCAAUAAGCUGGUACGGUUUGUGCGUGUACAAAAUAUAUUAUGUUCAAUGGCCGCUGAGUUGGGGAAUUGACUUUACUACUUUUAAACCGAAACUACUGUUUAAGCGGGUACGGUUUAAUGAGGUUUUACUGUACUUUCAAAAUUCUAUUUUCUUUGAUUUAACUAUGUGGCUGAUUACAAAAUGAAAAGAAGUUACGGCUGAGCUUUCAACUUUUAUAUUUUGCGCCAGAACCCUACACUGAUAGUCUGUGAUGCCAGACUUCAAAGCAUUUUCUUGUAUUUCGGCCUUCGUCGUGCGGUCAGAGUUCUCGCAACUCGCCAUAUUCAGAAUUUGGCCCUUUUAGAAUCCAAUAUUAAUCAUUUUUUAACCAUAAAGGGAACUAGGCCAGAUCAAGGCAUCUUCAAAAUCCAUGACUGCAGAAAUUUUGAGGCGCAGUGCCAUUUCUCUUUUGUUUUUGUCUUUUAUUGCUUAUCAAGCUCCAUCUGAUAGUAAGGGUGGCAUUUUUGGCCUUAGAAAAGCAUUACGUAUGCAUUAAUAUAGCUUAAUUUAUUUUUUCUCUUUAGUGUCCCUGUUGCAAGGAACAGGCACAUGGUAACAAGCGUGCAGUAAAAAUUUUACUGCGCAUCUUUAUCUGGAGUAGCUUCACAUGAGGGCUGCAGAAGACGUGCCUAACUAGAAUGAUGCCGGUUUGCCACUGGUGUACGACAUAUGCCUGGGUCAUUUAAUUAAUGAGUUGUACUUAAAAGGACUGCUUUAUCGCCUCUACCUUCUGCUGUGAAUGAUGCUCUCAUAUGAGAGCAAAAAUAUUAACUUUAAUAGCUUUAUCAAUAGGUGUUUUCCUUCCUUAUAUAUCAGAUAUCUUUUGUUGACAAGGGCCUGUAGAAACUGACCGUUAGCAUGCACAUCAUCCUCACAAGACUGUUGUGCUCGCAAGGAAAUCUUUUCUUCGUGACUAUAGCCAGGCACAACACGCAGCAUUCAAAUUGCACUGCGUCUGCUGCGCUUUCUUGCUGCCUAAUGUUGUUCUUCGUGUCCAGUAAAUUAGAACACGAAGUAUCCACGACUUUUGGCGAUAAAAAUGCUCUAUUAUCGAAACUUAUACCUUGCACAGAUGUAGCAUUUCAUGGCUCUGGCAGUUUAAUACCAUUUAAUAAUUAGACUUGCAUAUUUGAGUGCUGUAAUAGUUUCCCAUCUGUUUUGUCCAAAAUAAAUAAGUAGUAUGUAUUGUCUGUGACUAGACGACACAUACAAAAAAUCUUCCAAAGAAAUAAUUAUUGCAGUGAAAUUGUGGUGCCAUUUGUUGUUGUGGAAUGAAACACUACACUAUCUGCAUAAAUUCAAACAAACAAAUCUGUACAUCCUGAACCAUGCUGCUGUGAUCGUUGCAUUAGAAAGCACUUAUAACACACGAAAAAUUUUUCCUCUAAUGAGUAGUUCAGAGGAUGUCGAAUGUUUAGUGAUAGUAUAUGUACAGUUUAGCCCGCUUAUAACGAACCUGAGCAUCACGUGGCACCCGAUCGUUAUAUCCCAAAGUUCGUAGUAAGUGGACCGCAGCUAAAGAAAAGAAUAGUUCCUAGACAAAACAUGAAAUUUAUACUCUGCAAAGAUCUCCACGAUGCUAAUCUGUUUCUGCAGUGCAGAUCCGACAAGGGUGGUCUCCAGUUUAUUUAAAACAGACGCGAGCUCUCUGCCAAGGCCCUUGGCAUAGACAUGUUGUCCGAGGCCCUCUGUGGAGCACAUUGCCACAGGCGUGCUUACGGGUGCUGGCUCCGAAGUUUCAUUGUCAUCCGACGCCUUUGCGUCGUUCUCGACCCAUACUUCACUAAUGAUGCCCUCGUACGUGCACAGUCCCACAAUGUCAGCAUCGUCAUCAUCAGAAAUAAAAUCAUCCCAGCCAUCGUCAUAGCCCGCCAUGUUUAUGUGGAAGACGCACUGCCACCAAUUGCCAAUGGACUGAUCCUCUUCAAAAGCAUCAGGCUCACCAUCUACAUCGACCAAGCUGGCCUUGUGGAAACAGAUUCACACGUAAGCGGCCAUAACCUCGACCCAGGCUGCCUUCACCGUCUCAACGGCUGAAUACAGUGGAAUUUGAAGCGGCAAGCUGGCGGCCGGGCGGUCAACAGUGACGAGCAAGCACUCCACACUGCUGCGUCUAACGAUGGGCACGUAUUAUGCCCGAAUCAAGGGGUUGCACUUUCAAAGUGCUACUGGGUGGCAGAAAAAGUCGAGUCACUGCCAUCAAAGAAGUUAGCACGUGGGUUGCUGGGCAGUUGUUGAGCAUGAGCAGCACGCACCUGCCUCUGCAUGUUGCACUGAAACUUGCCCAUCCACUCGGAGAAUAAAUCUUGUGUAAUCCACGCCUUAGUAUGUGCCUGUAGCGCAUGGCACGUAGCCGCGAAAGCAAUGUAACUUUUUUUGUUUUUCCGGUAGGAAAGGUCAUGGGCUGGUCAUUGCCAUCCACAUCAAUCGACAGAAGCGCUGUAACAUGCUUUUUGAUGGGUUUGCUGCCAGCUUAUGAGUCACCUUUCGUGGCGUGCAUUUUGUCCGGCAGCAUCUAGUCAAAUAAUGCAGUUUCAUUUGUGUUAUUCAUACACGUCCUGCUCUGUGUAGCUUGCAACGAUGGCUCGUUUUGUUACAAGCCAAGUCGAAACUGCCUCGCCGACAAUGGAUUUAAAAACAAUCCCAUGGUGCAUUUUGAAUCGAUGUAGUCACCCAAUGCCUGGGCUUUACAAGUCGGACAAACUUUCCAGGAAUGCGAAGUUCUUGGCUUUUCCCAGCAUUCCACUUAAUGGAAUGUAGCGAGCCCAUGUGUAUGCGAACCACUUGAGCAUAGGUGGCCUUCCGCAGGCACUUUGUCUGCCGAGUCAGCGUUGGAGCUGGCGAUCUUUUCCUUGCUCUUUAUAAUUGCUGAGGUGGUUGAUUUUAACACGUUCUUCAAUGACUCUGUUUUCAACACCACGAGACAGUUCCGUCGAAAUUGCUCGCUUCGUUGCCAUGUCCAGCACUUUUUGUUUCGUGACCUCUGCAAUCAUGGCAGGCCUCCCGUCCCCCAUCCUGAAUACAACUCGGAUGGAACUAAAAGCGAUCGCACUACACACGCCGACAGGGAGAACAAGGUGUCGCAAUCAAUGGAGCAGACGAGCAUGUGCGACAAUCAAACAAGGAAGCGUGGAGACUAGUGUGGAGGGGACUGCUUCCCCCUAAGAGCCAGAGAAUGAAACUCCUGGACUUCAAGCUGGUAGCUGGCACUGUAGUGCACCCGCAGAGACAGGCGAAGGAGUUGCGAGUGAGAAGAGCGGAGUUGCAAGGACAAGCGGGAGGGUGAUCUUGGAAGCAUGUGCCGACACUCGUGGACAGCCUGUGUCGGCGGGGAGAGGGUAGCUCGCUUGAGAGGGCACGAAAGGGGUAGUUCGCUGGUGAGGAGGCUUGGGAAAACUGCCUGUGUGCGUCGAGUGGUCGGAGGCCAUUGUUAUCUCAUAUUGCGGCAUCAGGUUUACGCCAUCCCUUUGCUGUAACUAAUCCGCAGGGCUCAAAGAAGUUUGUUGUACAUGCAAUUUUCGUCCAUUGAAAUGUUUAUUUUGACGGUCACGCAGGUUUCUUCGUUUUAGGUGGAAGUUCAUCUUAAGUGGGGCCGUUAUAUGAGGGCUCAACACAUUCAAAUAAACCAGCGUAAGAAGUGUUGCUAUAUUUUUUGUCCUCUUUGUGUUUCACUUUAUGCCAAUGGUACAUGCUGCACUUCACGUUGCAGUAAGAGAUGACAACACUCUUCCAUUGUAGCAAAAUUAACUUUUUUGUCUUUCCUCACUGCACAAGAUUUGUACUUCUGAUUUCGUGUGGGCAGAAAAAAGUACUGGAGCACCCAAAUGGUACUGAUUAAUGCAAAUGAAAUUGUACAUGUCAGCAAAUAUUGUUUCCUUGGUUUCUUAAAAAAAAAAUCCUAGGGAUGAUACCAUUACGUCAUAUGGAAAAUGCACAGUCCAUAAAGAACAUCUUGCAUGUGUGAUUAAACAGUCAAUAUAAGAAAACACAAACAGCAGAACAAAAUGAUGUGUUCUGCAGUUCUUGCAAUUGUUUGACAAGUCAAUAAAACAAUAUGCAAUAAGCAGAAAGUAAGCUGACUGUUAAUACUGUCACGUUGCAGUGGUAGUGAAUAAUCAUACAAUACAAAGUUGUAAAUCCAACUUUUUAUAGUGCAGUCUUUUGCCCUGAAAAACAAGUGGCACUCAAUGUACAGUGAUAGCAGAGUACAGAGUUGUGGCUCAUUGAAAUCUGAUCUAUGGGUUAAGUGCAUUGGCUGAUUAUUGUGCAUUCCAGCAUAAUUGGUGAUGCUUGCAUAUGUAUGUUCCAGAAUGUACGCCACAAAAUCCGUGUUGCGUAUGCACGCAGUCUGGUUAGACAAGAUUUUUUCUAUUUAGAACCGGCAACAACAUUCAGUGAUGUUUCAAUACACGUAGAUGCAUCUUGCACCAAGUGAUAACAUUUUAACAGUUGUUUGUCACCGGAAAAAUACAGAAAAUGUGUGCGUUUGCAUACACAUCCACUCGUCGGAAAUAGUUAUUAAGGCUAUUGGUGCAGAUCGUUGUAAUGGCAUGUUGCUUCACAACAUAAGCAAAUUUACUACCCUGAAACGGUAAUCAUCGUUCAAAUAGCACUAAAAUGUGAGCACAAUGAAAUGCUACAGCUAUGCAAACUUUGAGCACAGUAAAGCUAGUAGACUAGCCAGAAGGGUCAUACACUUUUGGUACUCUUAUUUACUCAGGAUUUGGCACCUUCUUCAAGCACACUUGAAAUAAUCCAAGGAAAAGUUCCCUGACUGCGUGUCUGUCUCUGACAAAAAGGUUAGAUCUGAACAUGGCCACAUGGCCUUUGUGACAAAAUCCUGCCAACAUGCAACCUGCGAAGCCAUGUAUCCAUAUAUCUUGGUUUUUCAAACUCCCAUGUUGACUGUAUGACUGUAGCAAGGUAUGGGAUCAGGCUAGUUAAUGAUUUGAUGCGAAUUCGCAGUGCAGAAACUAAACAAGGACAGUAAGAAUAGCAGGAAGCAGCAGCACUUGUCUUUGUUUACCAUCGCUGUCUAGUAUCUCCAUUGUGAGUUUGCGUUCCAUCUUGAGUUGAUUUAUUUCUUUCUUUGAGUCUGAUAAACUAUGAAAAUGUGUUGCAACCGGUGGCUUAGCAGAAACUGCUGGCCUUAAAAUGGCACAUGUAUUGAAUGUCAACAUGCAGCAAGGUUUUAUUCAGAUGUACAUAGUGUAAGAUGAGUGCUUACGAAGGCGUGAUAGACGAGUCCAUGUUUUUUAUGUUACACUCGAACCUUGUCAACGAAGCCACAGCUGACAAAUAAUUUGUUAUACUCAAUAUUUGUAAUAAGCAUAUACGCAGAAGUUGUGAAAAAAAUCCAAGUUUUAGAUAUACUUCGUUAUGUAUGAAAAUUCAUUAUAUCGAGAUCUGACUAUCUUCAUAUUCAAAUAUUUCAAAAUUUCUAAUAGUCAGCUGCACACAUCUGCAGCAGUGUUUCUUUCUACCAGUGAGCACUGAUGUCUGUGAAAUAAAUGUGAUAAAAAAAAUAAAGAAAUCCUGAAAAAAGAAAAGCGA